AAUGAAAUUUAGUUCCAAACUAGUUGUCAGUCCGUUCGUACGCGCCUCGGUCUCGGAGUUUCUGUUGAGCCCACCGUCCGUUGGCUGUGUGCAUUUCGCUACGUGGUGUUGCGUGUUGAAGGAGAGUGUGUCGGAAUUGACGGUGUGUGCGUGUGUUGUUGUUGGCCCAGCAAGCCUUCGAGACGGACCGGAGUCGGAAAACCGCAGUCUUGGAAAACGGUCGUGCUCGGAAUCAGUCUGCAUCGUAUCGGAACGUGAAACGAAUCGUGCUUAAAGUAGUCUGAACGAUACUUCAAGAAGAACGAGAUAUUCUGAGCAAAACGUGAGCUUUUAAGGUGAAGUGUUUCGAUAACUAGUGUUUGUGUGAUGAAUAGUUGAAGCCCCAGCGUGUGCACACAUGAUAGCGAAAAGAUUGUUUUGUGAAAUCAAACCCCAUCUGCAGCACCGCAAUCGAAUUCUGUGACCUUUGGUGGUAAAAGUUCACGUGCAAAAAUAGCAAUUCCAACAAAUAAAGCAAACUGUUUGUGAAGUGAGCGAAAGGACACGAGCUCAUCGUGAACGAAUCUUGGAGGAGAAUGCUUCUGGAGGCGGCCCACGGCAACAAUCACAACCCGCACCAUCUGCUGCAGCCACCCGUACCCCACCCGGUACACCACCCGGUACAUCAUCCCCUCCAUCCGCAGCAUCCACACUCGCAGGCCGCAGCAAUGGUGGCGGCGGUACAGGCGGCUGCCGCCCUCACGGCGGUAAAAAGUGCAACGAACUUCUCGAUCGCGGCCAUCAUGGCCCAGGGUACGAAUAAUGCGACCAACGGUAGCAAUCCGGCCGGAAAUACCACCGCCAGCAGUGAGCCAACACCGGCGGUCAACACACGGCUCGAGGAGGGCAAUUAUCGACCCCGAUCCCGCACGCCGGAACGUUCGUCUGAGGUAGCCGAAGAGGAAAUCAACGUCAAUGUGGAGGAUUGUAGUGAUUCGGAAGAGAGCACGGAACAGCCACGGGAAACACAUUCGCGCACGGCUUCCACACCGGCCAGCGUGUCCGAUGAGGAUCGUCUGUCACCCGAGAUCGCACAGAAAGCACCAAAAAUUGUUGGAUCUUGCAAUUCGGAGGAUCUGCGACCGGUUCAGUGUCAUCUGGAAACGAAAGAGCUGUGGGACAAAUUCAACGAGCUCGGUACAGAGAUGAUCAUCACAAAAACUGGAAGACGUAUGUUCCCAACAGUUCGCGUCUCGUUUUCCGGUCCGAUGCGUCAUCAAACUGCUGCCGAUCGGUACGCCGUGCUGCUUGACAUCAUUCCGCUAGACAACCGUCGCUAUCGUUACGCUUACCAUCGUUCGGCAUGGCUCGUGGCCGGAAAGGCUGAUCCACCUCCACCCGCUCGCCUGUACUCGCACCCGGACACCCCGAUCGGCCCGGACGCUCUCCGACGGCAGGUGAUCUCGUUCGAGAAGAUUAAGCUCACCAACAACGAGAUGGACAAGACGGGCCAGAUUGUGCUGAACUCGAUGCAUCGCUACCAGCCCCGGAUUCAUCUGGUGCGGAUCGGUCCGAACCAAUCGGUUCCUACGACACCGGCCGAACUUCAGGAGCUGGAUCACAAAACGUUCGUGUUUCCGGAGACGAUCUUUACGGCAGUGACGGCAUACCAGAACCAGCUAAUAACGAAGCUGAAAAUCGAUUCGAAUCCGUUCGCCAAGGGUUUCCGUGAUUCUUCACGGCUGAAUGAUUUCGAUCGAGAUCCAAUGGAAUCGUUCCUUCUGGAGCAACAUCUUCGCUCGCCGUUGCGGCUUUUCCCGGACCAGGUGAUGGCACAGCUGGGCGGCGGCGGAGGUCCACCCUCGAUGCAGUCGAACGAUCCGUCCGUACUGCUGGAGAAAGCCCGCCAACAGCUCCAUCUCUGGGGCAAUCCCCAGGCCGCCUACAGUGAACUAAUGCUGCAGCAGCUCUAUCAUCAACGGCCCAACUUUGGUCUCAACUUCGGUCCACUCUGGCAAAGCCAAUGGCCAACCCAGCUGCCGCCAGGUUUCCUGCCCAACGUUGCACCCCCACCAGCCCACACACCGGCCAUGCAAGGGGUGGCUGCUGCUGCUGCUGCCGCUGCCGCCGCCGCUGCAGCCGCCGCCAACUCCGGUGGCGGUGGAUCCAGUUCCUCAUCACCUUCGGCCGCUCCACCAUCGGGACCGUCUGUCUCGCCGGAAGUGCGACCGAAAUCGUUUGCCCGGUUCACACCCUACCAGAUCCCGCAGCAUCCUUCCUCGCCCGCACCCACCAGCCACCCGGGACAUCCGCAUCAUUCGCCUGCCACCCGGUCCGGGUCACCCGGCUCGUCUCGAUCUCCUUCGCACUAAACCCGGGGGAAUGCAUCAGUGGUAUGCGUGUAAGUGUGGAUAGGUGUCUGUGUCCGUGUGGUGUCUGUGUAUGAAUGUAUGUUUAUGGGCAUGUUUUCCGACUGGCGGCGGAAAAAUAAACCCCUGUACUGUGCGGAACACUCGUGAUAGUCGUCCGUGGAGCGCAUCCGCGGAAAGUGUAUUAGUAUUAGUGUGCACACCUAGAGAGGCUUCAGAAGAGACGGAAACAGUUAAGUUAGUGAGUUCGUUUAUAGUGGUUGUUUAUAAUAAGGAUUAGUUGUGCUAGCAGCAUCGACAUAACCAUCUCGUAGCCAAUGUUAAUCGUCAGCGUCGCGACUGAAGCUCGUUUAGUUUUCCUUUCUUCGACCUUACAACUCACCUAGAUAGUUGCGGGGAAGGGGUUAAGAACACGAACAGGAAUCUUCUUAUUCUUUUCCCCCAAGAGGGAGAGUGAUUGUAGCUUAAUGUUGUAAAUACUGUCCUGUCUUCUGUACAUAUGUACGCACCGCGGUGCACGUUAAGCGUUGCUCGCGUAUCAUAAAUCAUACGAAAAAUAAAAUCAUUAUUUAAAAAUCAUAGUCAAUAGAAAUGAA